UCUGAAACAUUUGUGUUAUAGGCAAUGUUGAGCAAUUUGGUGCAGAAAUGGUUUCCAGAACUUCCACUGAUUCAUCCUGAAGCAGAGAUAUUAAAUUACAUGAAUUCUGGAGGCCUUUUAUCUGUCAGUCUGGAGCGUGACCUACUAGAUGCCCAGCCAAUGAAGGAGCUUAGCAGCAAGCGUCCAGUUGUACAUGCAUCUUUUCAGAACAAAAGGGUCCUAAUAAAGGGCUAUUCAGUUGGUAUGGAUACAGAAGAAAAAGUAAUUGAAAGAGCUUCACAAUAUCAUAAAGCAUGGUCUGAAUCAAAGGAGGACUCUGGACUAAUGCCGUUGAUUUACAUUUUCUUUUGCAAGGCACAGUACCGUUUCUUAUAA